CGAAAAUUACCCCUCUAUUAGUGUUCCUUACCGCCACCUGAGCAGUAAGCAUUGUCCCCUCACCCACCAUCGCCGCAAUCAUGCGGUCGUCUGUCUCUACCACCACGGUUCCGCCUAAGAUGCCUGCUCCGAAAACCGUCACAGUGCAAGCGGGGGAGCAGCAGGCGCCCUCGACCCUCAAUGCGCAAGAGGACGAUCACAAUCGUUUCUUUUGGACUUACACAGAGGAGCCGCACCGUACAAGACGAAUGGCUAUUAUAAAGGCGCACCCUGAGGUCACCAAGCUAUGUGGCCCCGAGCCUCUGACCAAAUAUGUCGUCCUAUUCGUGGUGUCUUUGCAGGUCCUUUGCGCAUACCUCCUUCGUGAUAAACCUUUUAUCUCAUGGCCGACAUUCCUCACCGCAUACAUCAUUGGAGCGACUGCGAACCAAAACCUAUUCCUUGCGAUACAUGAAAUAUCACACAACUUGGCGUUCAAAAGCGCUCAAGCGAAUAGACUGUUUGCCAUCUUUGCGAAUCUACCCAUCGGUAUUCCAUACAGCGCUUCUUUCAGACCAUACCAUUUGACCCACCAUAAGUCCCUUGGUGUGGAUGGCUUAGAAAAAGCCCAGAAAUAGAUCUUAUCGUCAUUAUCUUAUGAUUUGCACUCUCCUGUGGCACUUCCUCCUUCACAGGCCUUGCCAGUGCAUUCGAAUCCUUGUGCAUUGCCAACAUUGCCGCAGAGAUAAUCUCGUGCAAUCGUUCCAUUCGCAAGAGCCAAACCGACAUUCUGGAUCUGCACAGAGCACGGUGCGACAGCACUGCACUGCAAGCU